AAUAUGAUGUGAUACGAGGGUGAGUUUUAGUAGUGAUAGUAAGGUUGCUUAUUUGGGCUUGAAUUGUGGAAUCAUUUUAUUUAUAAAGUAAGAGUAAGAUUGUGUAUAGAAACAGCCAUUCGUUGACCCUCAGAAAAUGGGGAGGUUGCCUUCUAAAAUAAGAUGCCACAUAUUUCUUAAUACUAGUUAAUUGGAACUGAGGGUAUUUUAAUACAUUGUUUGAAAUUUAGUAGAAGUUCAAACCUUCAUUUUAUUUGUAGUUCUAUGUUCUUUAUUGAUUAUGACCAUCUUUUUAAAAUAUUGUAUUGCACAUAUUUGUUUGGCAAUUUAUAUGCUUACUAACCCUUUUUGGUUAUGAUUAUCUUGGAAUAUUAGGAUUGUAUCUUAAGAGUUGUUGCUGACUAGUUGCACUUCAAAGGGAGGCUCAAACUCCAAGGGUCUACCUCGUAGACCAGCUUUUCUGUUUUCAUUUUGACUAGUUAUUAUUCAUGUAUUUUUAUGUGUUUAAACUUGUUUAUUCUUUAAUUUACAGUUGUCUGUUAUACUAUGAACUGAUUUAUCUAGCAUGCAUAUCCUGUAUUUAGACAUUAUUUAUUUUCACAUGGUAUAAUUUGCUUGUAUCUGUAUUGCAGUUUUGGAAUUUUAGAAGAUAAUAAGCAGCUUUUGAAAUGCAUCCAUCAGAAUUUGCAUUUAGAACCUUGGCUAUAUACUUAUAGUUUUUAUCAAUUGAUCUUCCUGAAAACUUAACGUUUAAGAAUCAAUUACAAGAGUACACCCAGAGUCUCGGUCUUGGUCUCCCGACAUAUCAAACCGUUAUGGAAGGAGAUCAGCAUCCUCCGAGGUUCAGAUCCACUGUUCUGAUCAAAGGGGAUUAUUACAACUCGGCAGGAACAUUUGCAAAUCGAACGGCUGCAGAGAAAGAUGCUGCUAGGGCAGCAUUGGUUGGUGUUUCCCAAAAAUCAAGGCAUGAGAUGACCUUGUUUACUUUUGAGGUUCCCAUCUUUUGCAAGGCUAUCCUCAAUGAAUAUGCUAUGAAGAUGAAGAUACAGAAACCUGCUUAUAACACAAUUAAGCAAGGGGGAUUGGUUCCUGCUUUUGUGUCUUCUUUGGUGUUCAAUGGGGUUACCUACACUGGUCUGGAAGGCAAAAACAAGAAAAAUGCUGAGAGGUUGGCGGCACGGGCUGUUAUCCUAUCACUUUUGGGUAAUUCUGACUCAAGAACUGUACUCUCUGAGAUUAUCAAGUCGAAUAGGUUUUAUGCUGCAUCACAUAUCGUUAAUGAGCCCAACAGUACCCAUGAUGUCAUUAUGACUGUGGCAGCAAACACUGGUAGUUUAGGCCUUACUCAAAGCAAAAAGAAUGAAGUUGAAGCUGGUGGAUCUACCCUUAAAGUGCCAAGCACCGGAGUUCCAGAGACUGGCCCAGGCAAACUCAACAAUGUUCCAGCAACUGAUCAACCCUUUCAUGAAUCCAAGAAACCUAGAUUAGAACAACCAUCUGAUGCUGAUACUCCAUUUCUUGACCUCACUUUGGCUAUUGGUUCGAGUUCUACAAGAACGCAAAAUGUUGAGAACAAGAAAAAGGGUAAAGAGCAACUCCAGGACGAACAGUGGUGGUUGUCAUUAUGAGCAUGCCUUCUGGAGGAAUGUAAAUGAUCUGCUACCGUCUAUUUGAGGUUGAGGUGGCAGUGAUACUUGGAAGAUGCCCGUGCUUGUACGGAUCAGCAGUCAAAUGAGAGCCCUUGUCAUUUUUAUAUUGAUUUUGCAGCUACUACUGUAGUGAUGAUGCGGGGCUUCCUUUUUGUUGGUUGCUCAAACUUUUGUUUUUAAAUUACCGAUGAGAGUUUUGAGUAUGUCAGAAGAGAAAAAGGGAUAGAUUUUCUCAACAUUUAUACCCUGGCAGGCUUACAAAAAUUGUCGAGUUUAAUGGGUCUGGCUUUCCAGAACAACUUUUUGGUUCUCUAAUUGAGACUAUAAUAAAUAUAUUGAAACCAACAAUUUAGA